AUGAACCCCAGUGCCCCCAGCUACUCCAUGGCCUCUCUGUACGUGGGGGACCUGCACCCUGACGUGACCGAGGCGAUGCUCUACGAGAAGUUCAGCCCGGCCGGACCCAUCCUCUCCAUCCGGGUCUGCAGGGACAUGAUCACCCGCCGCUCCUUGGGCUACACAUACGUGAACUUCCAGCAGCCGGCGGACGCGGAAUGUGCUUUGGACACCAUGAAUUUUGAUGUUAUAAAGGGCAAGCCAGUACGCAUCAUGUGGUCUCAGCGUGAUCCAUCACUUCGUAAAAGUGGAGUAGGCAACAUAUUCAUUAAAAAUUUGGACAAAUCCAUUGACAAUAAAGCACUGUAUGAUACGUUUUCUGCGUUUGGUAACAUCCUUUCAUGUAAGGUGGUUUGUGAUGAAAAUGGCUCCAAGGGCUAUGGAUUUGUACAUUUUGAAACACAGGAAGCAGCUGAAAGAGCUAUUGAAAAAAUGAAUGGAAUGCUUCUAAAUGAUCGUAAAGUGUUUGUUGGUCGAUUUAAAUCUCGGAAGGAACGAGAAGCAGAACUUGGAGCAAGGGCAAAGGAGUUCACCAAUGUUUACAUCAAGAACUUUGGAGAAGACAUGGAUGAUGAGCGUCUUAAGGAACUCUUUGGCAAGUUUGGGCCUGCCUUAAGUGUGAAAGUAAUGACAGAUGAAAGUGGAAAAUCCAAAGGAUUUGGAUUUGUAAGCUUUGAAAGGCAUGAAGAUGUGCAGAAAGCUGUGGAUGAGAAUGGGAAGGAGCUCAAUGGAAAACAGAUUUAUGUUGGUCGAACUCAGAAAAAAGUGGAACGGCAGACGGAACUUAAGCAAAAAUUUGAGCAGAUGAAGCAAGACAGGAUCACCAGAUAUCAGGGUGUUAACCUUUACGUGAAAAAUCUUGAUGACGGAAUUGAUGAUGAGCGUCUCCGGAAAGCGUUUUCUCCAUUUGGUACAAUCACUAGCGCAAAAGUAAUGAUGGAGGGUGGGCUCAGCAGAGGAUUCGGUUUUGUAUGUUUCUCCUCCCCUGAAGAAGCCGUUAAAGCAGUUACAGAGAUGAAUGGUAGAAUUGUGGCCACCAAGCCACUCUAUGUAGCAUUAGCUCAGCGCAAAGAAGAGCGCCAGGCUCACCUCACUAACCGGUAUAUGCAGAGGAUGGCAAGUGUACGAGCUGUGCCCAACCCUGUGAUCAACCCCUACCAGCCAGCACCUCCUUCAGGUUAUUUCAUGGCAGCUAUCUCACAGACUCAGAACGGUGCUGCAUACUACCCUCCUAGCCAAAUUGCUCAACUAAGACCAAGUCCUUGCUGGAUUGCUCAGGGUGCCAGACCUCAUCCAUUCCAGAAUAUGCCCGGUGCUAUCUGCCCAGCUGCUCCUAAACCACCAUUUAGUACGAUGAGACCAGCUUCCUCACAGGUUCCACGAGUCAUGUCAACACAGCGUGUUGCUAACACAUCAACACAGACAAUGGGUCCACGCCCUGCAGCUGCUGCUACUGCAGCCACUCCUGCUGUCCACACUGUUCCCCAGUAUAAAUACGCUGCGGGAGUCUGCAAUCCCCAGCAACAUCUUAAUGCACAGCCACAAGUUACCAUGCAACAGCCUGCGGUUCAUGUGCAAGGUCAAGAACCUUUAACUGCUUCCAUGUUGGCAUCUGCACCCCCGAAGAGCAAAAAGCAAAUGUUGAGUGAACGGCUGUUUCCUCUUAUUCAAGCCAUGCACCCUUCUCUUGCUGGCAAAAUUACUGGCAUGCUGUUGGAGAUUGAUAACCCAGAAUUGCUUCACAUGCUUGAGUCUCCAGAGUCUCUCUGCUCAAAGGUCGAUGAAGCUGUAGCUGUACUACAAACCCGCCAAGCGAAAGAGGCUGCCCAGAAAGCAGUGAACAGUGCUACUGGUGUUCCAACUGUCUAAAUUGAUCAGGGACCACGAACAGAAACUCGUCCUUCACCGAAGAAAAAUAUCUUAAACAUCGAAAAAUUUAAAUAUUAUGAAAAAAAAUUGCAAAAUAUAAAAUAAAUAAAAAAAGGAAAGGAAACUUUGAACCUUAUGUACCGAGCAAAUGCCAGGUCUAGCAAACAGUGCUAGUCCUAGAUUACUUGACUUAAAACAACAAAAAAA